AUGGCUCCGUUCAAGGUGAUUAUCGUGGGAGGCAGUGUCACUGGCCUGGCACUGGCCAACAUGUUCGAGCGCAGCGGGAUCGACUUUGUUGUCCUCGAAAAACAUGAGAAUAUUGCCCCUGAGCUCGGUGCUUGUCUUGGUUUGUUGCCAAAUGGAUUGCGAAUCCUUGAUCAGCUGGGCUGUUACGAUGCAUUCAAAAAGCUGAGCCAGCCUAUGAACGCUUUGGAUUCAUACGACGAGCUUGGAAAUCUCAUUGGCAAAAUGCCUGAAUUAGGCACCUGGAUGGAAGAGCUGCUCGGAUACAAAAAUGAAAAUCUAGAUCGUCGACAGGUGAUCGAGAUUUUAUUUGAGAACCUUGAGAGCAAAUCAAAGAUUCACACUUCCUGCAAAGUAUCAAGGAUUGAAAGUUCAACGACCGGGGUCCUUGUUGAGCUAGAGAAUGGGUAUAUCUUCGAUGGGGACAUUGUCAUUGGCGCAGAUGGCAUCCACAGUCGAGUUCUGCAAGAGAUGCAGCGUCAUGCUGAAAUUGAUAACCCUGGCAGUGAAUCUUUUUCAAAAGACAGCUUCAAAUGUACGUAUAAAGCCUUGGUUGGAAUUGGUAAAGCACCCGAAGGCAUUCCUCAAGACCAAGGCUUCAAGAACUUUCGGGAGGGUCGCAGCUAUCUCUGUGUGGGUGGUCUUGACAGGAAGUUCUACUUCAGCCUAUUUGUUCGAAACCAAGAAGUCACACAAGGUGAUGCCAUUCCACGAUACACUGAACAGGAUAGGGACGCUCUUGUCGCUACAUACAAAGAUGACAUCGUAUACCCGGGUCUUACAUUUGGGGAGAUAUACCAAAAUCGAACAUGCUCAACACUGCUCCCAAUCGAAGAGGGUAUGCUUCCGAACUGCUUUUAUAAACGAAUGGUGUUGGUCGGUGAUUCUUGGCAUAAAAGCACGCCACUGUUUGGACAGGGAGGAAACGAUGCAAUCGUCUCAUCAGCCUACUUGGUGAAUGGUCUCGCCUCAAUAACAGAGGGCCAUGAAAGUCCAGAUGAGGAUCGCCUUCGUGCGGUGUUUCUCGACUAUCAACAAACCAGAAGUCCCGAGAAUUUGGCACAUGUCAUCGGAGGCCAGGUUACACAUGCGAUGGACUCAUUCGCCAAGCCUGCGUUGAAGUUCAUCCAAUUGAGACUAGCACCCAGACUGCCAGCCCAAAUAAAAUGGAAUGCUUUAGCCGGAAACCAUGCAUCAUUGUGGACACUGAGGAAUCUGCCGGUCCCCCCUCGCCAGGGCUUGAUACCAUCCAGAGACGAGACUGGGCUGUUGCCUCAGACAAGACCCAAGGCGACCGAUGACCGGUGGAAAAUAAUGUUCACUGCGAUCGCGCUAGGAUAUUUUAUUGUAUACUGGCUCGCUGGUUCUGAGACGGCACAGUCAGCGGCUAGGAAAAGCCAGAUGGCAUCGGGCUUAGACUUAACAUAUUCGCAGAUUCAGAACUUAUAUUUCCAUAUCAGUGUUACGGCAGUCAUGAGUAUCAUUACUGUUGAGGCUUAUCGGCCAGGCUUUGUUUUGAAGCCACUGAGCAGCGCUCUGCCUUGGGGGCUUCUCUCUCUUUUGCUAGGGUGGCAAACAGUUGCGCCAAUUUACUUCUGCCAAUUUGCGCUUACAACCGGCCCUCGACCUUUCUACUAUCCUUGCGUUAGAAUUAUCGACCCAGGAAUGCUUAAUGUGCUUCCUUUCGCUUAUCUAAUGACAUACGUUGUCCCCAUGCUGCUUACAUUCACAUCGCCUUCAUUCCCGACCUUGGCAUGGGAUGUUGCACACAUCUUGCUUCCGAUCACCGCUUACCUGUUGAAACUUAUUGUGGGUCUUGAGCCAACUAUCGAUAUGGUCCGUAAGGAUGAACACGUGAAAUCUCUCAAAUGGUUCAUAACGAUCGUUUCAACUCUGCAGUUAGGGGGGUUGUUAGUGCUGGAAAAGCCGCUGGUAUGGCGACUCAUCACCUUUUUCAGCUCUGGUCAAAACAGCACAUUCUCCGUCCAGGAUGCCCGUACCAUCUUCCUGGAACUAGCUAUCGCUGCGUUCAUUGCAUUUGCCCAUCUCGAUAUCAGACGAGUCCUGGCCACUGAAUUGGAACUCACUUGGGCGGUGGUUAUUCUGGGCAUUUAG